AUGUCUCAAAUAAUAAAUGAUAACCUUGAAAAGUCUGAGUUUUGGUUUUCUCUUGACCGUGGUGCAUGGUAUGAUGGCUGGGAAACCCGACGUCAUAAUCCUUGCUCUCAUGACUGGGUUGUCAUAAAAUUAGGUUUCAUGGCCAAAAUUAUGGGCUUUGAUAUUGACACUGCCCAUUUUAAUGGAAAUCAUGCUCCAGUUGCAAGCGUUGAAGCUUGCUAUUCUCCUAAAUUCGAUCCUGAACAUGGUGAUAAUACUGAGUGGUUUGAAAUACUUGAGAAAGUUCCUCUUGAUCCGAGUUCUCAACAUUUUUUCUCCAUUCAAUCAAGUCUUACGUUUACCCAUGUGAGACUUAACAUAUACCCCGAUGGUGGUGUGGCCCGAUUCCGUGUAUACGGUAUUGUAAAUACACAAUGGCCACGAGAUCCUAGUGCUUUGAUCGAUCUUGCUUAUUUGGGUCAUGGUGCAAAAAGUGUUGAUUGUUCCGAUCAACAUUUCUCUCGAGUGGAUAACUUACUGCUUCCUGGCCGUGGGACUGAUAUGUCCGAUGGCUGGGAGACAAAAAGAAGCAGAGAGAAAGGCCAUUGUGAUUUUGCAGUUAUAAAACUUGGUGCUCCUGGCUUUCUUGAAAGGGCUGAGAUUGACACUGCCUUUUACAAAGGAAAUUACUCUGAAAGUGCCUCCUUAGAAGCUUGCUAUUCAGAUUCGGACAUUCCAAAUGAAAAAGAUACUAUGUGGGUUACUGUUCUGGAAAAAUCUAAACUAUAUCCUCAUAAACAGCAUCUAUUUCAAUUGCUGUGCACAGACCAAAAAUUCUCGCACAUAUCAGUUCCUUAUUUAUUGAAUGGUAAUUAUGAUAUCAAAGUCAAGUUAUCAAAUGAUGUUUAA